UUUACCUUUAGGAGAGUACAUGAGGGUACAGCACACCGCUCCAUUCUCCGAGCUGUCUGAAUCCCGAGUAGGGAUUUUUACCUAUGGAUGGCUUCAAUUCGAAUCAAACCUCUCUCUCUUCACCGUUUAGGCCUCCGUCGAAGGUGAAGCCGAAGCGGGGCUCCUCUUCCUAGCGCUCGCCUAUGGGAUUUUGAAUCUGUUUUCGAUUCUUCGACUGAGGCUGGGUGGACAAUUAAAGUCAUGGCAGCUGGCAGCAGUUACUUUGAUAGUAUGGUGGAUGAUGUUGAGAUAAUUGAUCCACCUAAAGGUGAAUCCAUGAUGGAUUUGGGUGAACAUGGGAAUGAUCCAACACCAUUCCAACCAAAGCCCAAUACAUCUGUUGUUAGCAAUGUACGCGAACUGCUAGAAUGCCCAGUAUGCUUGAAUGCUAUGUAUCCCCCUAUACAUCAGUGUUCUAACGGCCAUACACUAUGUUCUGGCUGCAAGCCUAGAGUACAUAACCGGUGCCCAACUUGCAGGCAUGAGCUUGGCAAUAUAAGAUGUCUUGCUUUGGAGAAAGUGGCGGCUUCUCUUGAACUCCCUUGCAAAUACCAGGGUUAUGGCUGCAUGGGUAUAUAUCCCUAUUAUUGCAAGAUGAAACAUGAAUCACAAUGUCCGUUUAGGCCAUAUAAUUGCCCUUAUGCGGGUUCUGAAUGCACCUUUGUUGGUGACAUUCCUUUCUUGGUUGGCCAUCUUAAAGAUGAUCACAAGGUUGACAUGCAUAAUGGAAGUACGUUUAACCAUAGAUAUGUCAAGUCAAAUCCACAGGAGGUUGAGAAUGCAACUUGGAUGCUAACGGUUUUCAGUUGCUUUGGGCAAUAUUUCUGCCUGCACUUCGAAGCAUUUCAGUUGUCAAUGGCGCCAGUCUACAUAGCUUUCCUUCGCUUCAUGGGAGAUGACUCUGAUGCCAAGAACUAUAGCUACAGCCUUGAGGUUGGGGCGAAUGGCCGGAAAAUGAUCUGGCAAGGAGUGCCGCGGAGCAUCAGAGACAGCCACAAGAAGGUUCGCGACAGCUACGACGGCCUCAUCAUUCAAAGGAACAUGGCUUUGUUCUUCUCUGGUGGUGAUAGGAAAGAACUAAAGCUCAGAGUCACUGGCAGAAUUUGGAAAGAACAGUAGCAGUGAAGGAUGAGUGGGAAGACAGAUAUGUUGUGGUAGUGACUUAAUUCAUGUAAGUUAUUCUGCAGUUUUUUUGUUUUCAUGUCUUGAAAGGACGACACAAUUCAAAAGUGGGUUGAAUUGAGUUGUUUUAAAUAUUUCUUGUUAAUUUUUAAAAAUAUUUUCUCUAUUCAUCCAAGCGUUUGGGUU